AUGUCGAACGAUCAUAAGAAAGGUCCCGGGGCACAUUACUCCGGCUCCAACCCAAUUCCGAACAUUCAACGAUUCGUGGAGAGCUUAGAUUCGGAUAAGAGAGAUAGAGAUGCAAAAAUAAAUGAACAAUUGCAAUCACGCGUUCAAGGAGAUGCGACAGAUCACACACAAGGACAACCACAUGGAGUUGAAGGGACGAGGAAGAUCGUUACCGACCCAACGACUGGAAAAGAUGUGGAAAUUGAGGAUGUUAAUGCGGAUUUCAUGAAGUCGGUUGAUAAUCCACAGCUUUCCGUUCCAAAUGCAAAUCUUAACAAAUCCACACCAGUCAAGACAGAAGCUACUCAAUCCGGUGAAGAAUAUAGAAAGAAUCAGGAUAUCACCGCGCCACCAGAUCCAGUAGAACCUGGAAGCACUUCCGAUGUUCCAAUCCAUGGAGAAAAGACAAAUAUCUUAUUCCACCCUACACCCUCGGUCAGCUAUGAACCAAUGUAUGAAUCUUUGGAGAAACGGUCAACGCUACUUGUCGUAGGAAUAUUCUUGGGUAUUGUGGUUUUAGGGAAACUAUUUGGGGGGGCUCUAUAUGGUCUUAUUCCUUUAGGAGCAUGUGUUGCAUCGGGUGUAUUUCUUUGGGUAAAAGAGGUCAUAAGAUCUGGCCGAGCUAUGGAAUGGGAGAGUGAAAGACAAAGGGGUCAAAUGGCAACUGCAAAUUUGAUUCCGGAAUCCGUGGAAUGGAUGAAUUCUCUUUUGGGCGUUAUGUGGGGACUGAUUGACCCCGAUCUAUUUGCGUCUGUUGCAGAUACCCUUGAAGAUGUUAUGCAAGCUUCAGUACCUGGUAUCAUUGAAAAUGUCAGAGUCGCAGAAAUCAACCAGGGAACAAACCCUUUCCGAAUUCUUAGUUUGCGAGCCCUACCUGAUGGUCAUGUUCAAGAAAUGAAGGAUGAUAUCCAUCGACAAAACGAGAAGAACAAAGAUCCUCAAGAAUUGGCUGCUGAUGAAGAAGGUGGAGAUUAUUACAAUUUGGAAUGCUCUUUCGCAUAUCAUGCUCAACCUUCAGGAGGAGGAACUUCCGGAAAGGCGAAAAAUAUGCACAUGCAACUGGUAUUCUAUCUUGGUAUGAAAGGACUUUUCGGGGUUCCUCUCCCAAUUUUUGUUGAAUUGCAAGGUCUUGUCGGAACCGUUCGAUUACGUCUCCAACUUUCACCAGAGCCUCCCUUCUUGAAGGCACUAACAUUCACGUUGAUGGGACUUCCAAAGGUUCAAGCUGGAUGUGUGCCAAUGAUUGAAACUGGCAUUAACAUCCUUAAUCUUCCUCUUAUCUCCAAUUUUGUCAAUUACGCCAUUGGUGCUGCCGCUAAUGAAUAUGUCGCUCCGAAAUCUAUGACUUUAGAUAUGGCUAAAUUACUGAAAGGUGACGAUAUCCAAAAGGAUGUUGAAGCACUCGGGGUUCUCUGGAUCCGAAUUCAUAAAGCUACUGGCCUUAGUAAACAGGAUAGACGUGGAAGUGAUGGUGGUGGCAGUGAUCCUUACAUCACUGUCAGCUUCUCCAAGUACGGAAAGCCAAUGUACUGCACUCGAGUCAUUCAGGAUGAUCUCAACCCAAUAUGGGAAGAGACGUGUGCCUUACUCGUCACUCCUGAUCUCAUCAAAGCUGAUGAGCAACUUUCGAUGGAACUUUGGGAUUCUGAUCGAUCAACUUCUGAUGAUGUUGUUGGUAAAGUUGAACUUUCCAUGCAAAAAAUGAUUCAACACCCAGGAAAGAUGUAUCCACAAGUUUCUAAACUCCGUGGUAUGGAUUCUGAUAGUUCCAUGCCUGGUGAACUUCAUUGGGAAGUUGGAUAUUUUGGCAAACCACAAUUCAGACCAGCAAUGAGAAGCCACGGAAAAGAUGUUAAUCUUCCCAAGGAAUUGCAAGACAAGGAAGAAUUACAAGAUCCAAAAGGAAGUCUUGAUACUCCUGAAGAAGAUGCUGCGGUUCAUACUCCUCCCGAUCCAUUGUGGCCAAGUGGUGUGUGCAGUGUCAUCGUUCAUCAGAUUGUUAACCUUGAAUUACAAAACGUCAAAGGUAGUGAUGGCAAACGCAAGGGUAGGGAAUUCGAACCAGCAGUGGACGCAGGUGAGAACAAGGAAGAGGAAAAUAAGAAGUUGCCAAGCAGUUACUGUACGAUUUUAUAUAAUGACGAGUUGGUAUAUCGUACACGUUCCAAAGUUGUUAGCUCAAAACCUAUCUUCAAUGCAGGUACUGAACGUUUCAUCCGUGAUUGGAGAUCAGCAAUUGUUACUAUUACAGUUCGGGAUCAACGUAUGAGACAACACGAUCCAAUUCUUGGAGUUGUCCCUUUGAAGUUAUCGGAUCUUCUACAAACAAGUUCUCAAGUUACAAGAUGGUAUCCUCUGGAUGGUGGAAUUGGUUUCGGUCGCGUCAGAAUCUCCGUUCUUUUCAGGAGUGUCGAGACCAGAUUACCACCACAACAAUUGGGCUGGGAUGUAGGAACAUUUGAAUUCACAUCUGAUAGGAUUUCGGCUACUGGCUAUGCCAACAACUCCAAACUGAAGCUUCGAACUGGAGGGAGUGUAGGAAAGAUUAACCGUACUCAAUGCCGAAAGACUGAAGAAGGUGAUAGUGUAUACUGGGAUCUUGCUAAGAAAGAUGGGAAAAAUAACAUUCGACUUCCAGUCAAGUAUCGUUAUCGUUCACCAGUAGUCUUCGAAUUCCACGUCACUGGUAAGCGUGGAGCAGAUGCCUAUGCAGUAGUCUGGCUCCACAAAUUGGAGGACAACAAGGCGGAAGAAAUUGAUAUUCCGAUCUGGAAAACUGAUAAGGGCAUGAGACUUACCCAGAAUUACAUCACAGAGGAAAACUUCCGUGAAAUUCCAGACAUGGAAAUUGAGGAAAUUGGCCGCCUCAGAUUUUCGGGGAGAUUUAAAGCUGGUAUGGAUCAAGAUCACGAAAAAUUUGUCACCGACAAUGAUUCCCGAGAAACUCAAGAAACUUGGGAAGCAUGUCAUUCCGAAGGUGUACGUGGUGAUGUUGUAACGAAAGAGAUUCCACCAGUUGUUCAACAACUUCAUGAUCAGUCUUUGACUCAAGGAAGAGAUGUUCUUAGUCAAGCCGAUGAAGAUGAAAAGGCUAAGUGGUUAGAUCAGGAUGGAACAGAUUGGAGUGGAGCCUUUGGUCAGGAUCCUGCACAGUACGUCAAUAAAGGUGGUUUCGGACAGAAGUAUCAGGAUGCUGAUUAUGAGGCUAGCAUGGUACGAAGACCACGAGGAGAGGGUGGUUGUGUUGAAGCGAACCUGAAUGAAAAUAUGAGCGAAGAUACGAAUACUUCGUCUACAUCUUCGGACUCAGACUCGGAUGCGGAAUCAGAUUUAGGCUUGAAUGAUGCCACGACUAGAUCAACAACUGAGAACGGCGGGACGGAGGGAAACAACGGAUCGAGCCAUUCCAGUAAUCCGAUCAAACAGUAUCAGAAUUAUAAGGAGAAUUCAAAAGGUUUGCAUAGAAAGCAGAGGGGACUUAUGCAGUGGAAGCCAAUGAGGAAUUUGGUUUUCGCAAAGGACGAGAUGAAGUUUGUGGCAAGGAGAAUGAAGAAUAAGACGAGUUUGAGUGGUAGACAACCAGAUGUUGAGACUGAGACUGGCUGA